GCAGCGAAAGGCAGCCCUCUGCUGCACGGAGAAAAGCAGAGGCCUGGGCUACUGGACUUGGGAGGGGGAGCCGAGAUAGUGCGUGGGGCACCUGGACAUUGAGCGGGGAAAAGCGCGCGUGGGAGGCGGAGGCGUGGGGCUCUGGGAGGAAGGAGGGGCACAGGAUACCAGAGGGAUGUCUGUCGAGAAGCGGCGGGAUAAAGGGUGGGACCAAAGUUCAGGUAGCAGUACCGGCCCUAAGACGCACGGGAGAGACGCGGGUGAGGGAGACCUGCUGGUGUCAGAAAUCAAGAGUUCCACGCUGAGUUCAAGGAGUUAGUUUGAUGCAGAAGGCCCUAGGCACAACGGUGAGAAGGGUCUAGAGGAAUCACACACCCGGGGUGUCGAAUCUUUUAGUAGGUUCGAAGCUUCUCUAUGAGAGCUCCAUGAGGUUAAGAGUUUAAGGAAAUUGCACCUCCUGAGAGUCAAAGGUUGGCAAGGAGAGCCACUGUCAAAGUCAAAGAUUAUAGGACUAGCGGGUCCUCCGCGGCUGGUGACAGAUGAGCAGACUUAGUUGAUUUCCUAUUCAUCAUGCAUGCUCCUCUCUUGAGUAGAAGGGUUCCGGUCACUAUGGAGGACCUGCACCCCAAACAGACCAUGGAGGAGCAGAACUCGCCCAAGGAGAGGAGUCCCCGCAGCGCGGGAGGCGACAUCUGCCACCUGGGGGCCCCGCAGUGCACCCGCUGCCUCAUCACCUUCGCCAAUUCCAAGUUCCAGGAGCGUCACAUGAAGCGGGAGCACCCAGCGGACUUCGUGGCCCAGAAGCUGCAGGGGGCCCUUUUCAUCUGCUUCACCUGCGCCCGCUCCUUCCCCUCCUCCAAGGCCCUCAUUGCCCACCAGCGCAGCCAUGGUCCAGGCCCCAGGCCCCCCCCGCCGGCUGCACCCACCACUGCCCAGCCCACCUUCCCUUGUCCUGACUGUGGCAAAACGUUUGGGCAGGCUGCUUCUCUGAGGCGGCACCGCCAGGUACACGAGGCCCGCACGGCUCCAGGCCCCUUCGCCUGCACUGAGUGUGGUCAGGACUUUGCCCAGGAAGCUGGGCUGCACCAGCACUACAUCCGGCAUGCCCGUGGGGAGCUCUGAGCGUGGCUUCACCUUGUGCAGGGCAACAGGAGCUCUGUGGCUGCGAGGACCCACCCAUGACAUGGGGUGCAGGUCCUCUGGGGGUCUCAGAGGGAUUUGCUUCCCUGCCCGGAAUAGCAAAGGGCUCCUGAUAAACAAACCCUGGAAGAUUCU